GAGGGGGAGGGUUACAAGCUGCGGUGGGCAGGUUGUGGGAAGGAGAUUCGGUUCGGGGACAGGAAGAGGCAUGAAGAGGAAGAAUGUCCCAUGAGGAGAGUUGAGUGCAAGUUAGGAUGCGGUGAGAUCGUCAUCGGGUACGCGGUUCAAGGACACUAUGACGGCAAGGAUGCAGCGCAAUGUAGAAAUACGCAAGACUGGGUGAACAGCGGGUGCCCUUUGCGCACGUUGGAGUGUAAAUAUGUGUUUGAAGACGAGGAGGCCUUGAUUCGAGAGGGAGGGGAGAAGCAGAUUGAGGUCAAGCAGGAGAAGGAGGAGAACGGGAGAGAGAAGGAGAACGGGAAGGAGAAGGAGAACGGGAAAAAGGAGGACGAAGAGUCGACAAAGAAAUUUGAAAGUCCCUUCUCUCAAUUUCCAUAAUGCUGCGCAACCCGAAUAGAAUUUCAUAGAAAGUAC